GCAUCUGAGUAAUUUUCUCUCUGUAGGAGAGAUAAAAUCAAAUGAAUACCUCUGAACCUGAUGGUUUUCUUGGAAUGGGAUUUCUCUGUUGACCCGCUGCUCAACGCUGAUGUGAAGAAAUCGUCGGGGAAUUGUUUGCAUCGACUCCAGAUGUAAUUCCAAUUCAGUGAAUGGCAUUACAGGAGAGAAAAUGGCUAAAAUCUGCACAGAACAUUCAUAUCCUUCACAAAGAUCUGCCUUCACCCCUGAGCCAGCUAUCGAAUGGAUCGAGAGAGGAGAAAGUGAUCAGCCACCCAAUGGACUAAUGGGCAGGAUGUCCCAGUUUAUCCUGAGGCUUGGAGGAAGGUCCACACAAUGUCAAGCAUCUGAAUGCAGUGAUUCAGUUACGUUGGAGGGGACUGAAGACAUGGGAGGACAAAAGGAAGCAUCUUGGGACAACAGAGGACAGGACAAACUAUGCAAGAGGAAUUUUAACAACAAUGCUGGUCGUUGGCCUCUUGCAACACUAAAUAUGAACAACUGCAACAACACAGAUGAUAAAAAGAAUGACAAUGAGAUAAAGAAAGAUGAUAAGAAAGAGGAACCAAAAAAGGAAGAGAAGAAAGAAGAAAAGAAAGAUGAGAAAAAGGAUGACAAGAAGAAGGAGGAGGAGAAACCAAAACAAGUUUGGAUAAUAGAUCCAGCAACAGAUAUGUACUAUCACUGGCUCACCACUGUCGCAAUACCUGUUUUCUACAACCUAAUGAUGCUUGUUUCCAGAGCCUGUUUCAAUGAGCUGCAGGAUGAUUUCACCAUCCUAUGGGUAGUUUUGGACUAUACAUCAGAUGCCAUCUACUACAUUGACACAUUUUUGAGAUCGAGGACAGGUUUCUUGGAACAAGGUUUGCUAGUGAGAGAUUCUAAGAAGCUGUGGGAGCGCUACAAAAAGUCACCGCAAUUCAGAUCUGAUGUGAUAUCCAUGAUACCAACAGACUUAUUAAUGCUGAAAGUGGGCUACAACAAUCCAGCAUUAAGAUUCAAUCGUCUUUUCAAGAUGGCUCGUCUGUUUGAGUUCUUUGACCGUACUGAAACCAGAACCAACUUUCCCAACAUCUUUCGAAUCAGCAACCUCGUCCUUUAUAUCCUUAUCAUUAUCCACUGGAAUGGCUGCAUCUUUUUUGCCAUCUCAAAAACAAUCGGCUUUGGGUCAGACACUUGGGUGUACCCCAACAUCAGCGACCCAGAGUUUGGUCGUCUUUCCAGGAAGUACAUCUACUGCCUUUACUGGUCUACUCUCACCCUCACUACCAUUGGAGAGACGCCACCACCUGUUAGAGAUGUUGAGUACUUAUUUGUUGUUGCUGAUUUUCUCAUUGGUGUACUUAUUUUUGCCACCAUUGUUGGUAACGUUGGUGCUAUGAUCUCUAACAUGAAUGCUUCCCGUGCCGAGUUCCAAGCCAAGAUCGACUCCAUCAAGCAGUACAUGCAGUUCCGAAAGGUCACCAAAGAUCUGGAGGCCCGUGUCGUAAAGUGGUUUGAUUACCUUUGGACUGAGCAGAAGACCUGUGAUGAAAAAGAAGUCCUCAAAAACCUUCCAGACAAGCUCAAGGCGGAGAUUGCCAUCAAUGUCCAUCUAGAAACCUUGAGGAAGGUUCGCAUCUUCCAGGACUGUGAAGCAGGACUUCUUGUCGAGCUUGUCCUCAAGCUUCAACCACAGGUUUUCAGUCCUGGAGACUACAUUUGCAAGAAGGGUGACAUUGGACGAGAAAUGUACAUUAUUAAAGAAGGUAAACUCGCAGUGGUGGCAGAUGAUGGUGUAACACAGUUUGUGGUGCUCAGUGAUGGUGCCUACUUCGGUGAGAUCAGUAUCUUGGGCAUCAAAGGCAGUAAAGCAGGAAACCGCAGGACUGCUAAUAUACGAAGUGUUGGAUACUCUGAUCUGUUUGCGCUCUCAAAAGAUGACCUAAUGGAAGCUCUGACUGAGUACCCAGAGGCCAAGAAAGCUCUGGAGGAGAAAGGAAGGGCUAUUCUGAUGAAAGACAAUCUCAUUGAUGAGGCUGCGGCCAAUGCUGGCGCCGACCCCAAAGACAUGGAGGAAAAAGUCAACAUUAUGGAGACAAAUCUAGAGGUGAUGCAAGCCAAAUUUGCCCGUCUUAUGGUAGAUUGGGCAAACAGCCAGAACAGGAUCAAACAGAGGAUCACCAACAUGGAGGCUAGAGUCAAGACUCUUAGAGAGGAGGAUUUAUCCGAGGUCGUGGAGGAUAAAAAGGACAAAUAGUUCUGUGCAGAAAUGGAUUCACUUCACAGGAUGUCUCAGGAUUAUGCCAGCAUGGACACAUAUACUGUAUUGGAAACUGUUAUCAUUUUUGAGGAACCGCCUGAUCUCAAGGUAGCACAGCAACAUUAACUAUUUAUAGAUGAUGCAUUCAGAGAUUUAGCAGUUCAUGAGAUCUAAAUCUAAUUCGUAAUGGCAGGUAAACAAGUUUCAGGCAGUUUCAGCCCCAUUAAGGCAGGAUUGUCUUGAGCAUUGAUACUGAUACUGUCACAAUGAAGCAUUAUUUUGUAGUGUAUGAGUAUCUGGUAAUACAAUUAUUUAAUCAGCAAGAGCUCUGAAUUUUAAGGGGGGGGGGGGGUAUACUCUUUGUGAGAUGUCAUGCUGUAAAUCUUUUUUUUUUUAACCAUAUUUUUAAAUAUGCACAAUGUCACUGAAUGUUUUUGCAUUUUAAAUUAUAAUUGAUUUCAGGAAGCUUCCUUUGUUCUUCAUGUUGUCUAAACAAGAAUUUCACCUGUCUACCCUAAGACCUGUCAGCAAGGUCAAAGUGAUGCUUUUAUGAAGCGAGCAGAAAUACCAAAGCAGAGUAUCCUGACUAAUCAUAUGAUAUCAAACUUAAAAUGGAGGCUUUUUUCGCUCCAUUUUAUUCUCUCACGUUCAGUUAUUUGUGUCUUUAUUUUCAUUCAGCAGAAAUAUUAUUUAUAAAUAUGUAAUGUAUAAAAUAAAAUAUAUUUUAGACAUUUUUCUAACAUUGUGUUUGCACUGUUGAUUGUUUGUAUGGAUUCACAAUGGAUGUAUAAGUAAUCCAAAUUUGCACUUUUUUCAUACCAAGGCAACAUAUAAGGAUAUUGUAAACAAUAUUAUGUAUGAU